CUAGCUAACUGUUAGUACGGUACGCUUGAUGCCGUGACAAUCAGCCGGUAUGGUCAACCGGGAGCGCUGUCCCCACAGGCGCCAGCAUAUGGAACGGAAGCGAUUAAGCAUAACACAAUUUGCAAGUAGGUCAACUGUUGACGGACGCUGCGCUGUACCUUCGAGGAUGGAUUGGGGAACGCUUAGGCGCCCCUUACACGCCAGUGCUGACAUGUAAAUGCAUAAAUACUUUAGAUGACGCAUCGACAAGGUCCCCUGGCUUGGCGGGUCGUGGUAGCUGUAUUACUUGCUAGCAGCGUAUUAAGCGGGGCUGUGCCUCCUGCGUCUGGGCCUCCACAAUUCGGACCUCCUUCUCUGGGUCCUCCUGCGCCUGGGUCUGCUUCGUCUGGCCCUCCUGCGCCUGGAAUUCUUACUUCCGCGCCACCUUCGUCUGGGCCUCCGUUGCCGGGUUCUUCUAGUUCUGGGCCUUCUUCGUCCGGACCUCCACCGUCUCCAUCGUCGGGGCCUCUUUCGUCCUUACCUCCAUCCUCCUCCGCUUCGCAGCUGGUGCUAAGGGACGACUCUGUCUAUGACUGCAAGCAGCUGGGCAUAGCUGAGUCCUUGUUCGUUAUUAGCAACUUCACCAGCUUCUCCCUGCGCAACGCCACCUUCCGCAACUGCGCCUCGCCGCCCCUCGUCCUCUCCGUCACCGCCGCCAGCACCGCCACCUCCGUCGCCGCGCCCGCCACCCUCACCGACUGCCGCUUCGAAUCCAACAACGCCACCUCCUCCACCACCUCCUCCUCAGACUCAGACUCAGACACCUACGAGGGUGCCUCCCUGGUCCUCUUGGGCGCAAUCUCAGCCACCCUCACCAACUGCAUCUUCACGGCCAACGAUGCCUCGCUGGGAGCCGCCAUCUACAGCACCGCGGGGGCCAGCGGAGACGGCGGGCUGACGUUGUCAGGGUGCAGCUUCAGCGGCAAUGCGGGGCAGGGUGCGUUGUAUGUGGCGGGCGGGGUGCUGCAGAACGUCAGCAGCUGCGUGUUCAGCGGGCACUCGGGGGGCAGUGCGAUGGUGCUGUACGGCGUGAGGUCGGCCAAGGGGGCGGAUGCGCUGGCGCAGCUGAGGAAUGUUACCUUUGAGGCCAACUCCGCCAACCUCUCCACCUCCUCCACCUCCGCCUUCUCCUCCUCGGCAGCCGACGCCAUGACGGGCCGCUCGGGGGGUGCGGUGUUCGCGUACCUGGGCAACGUCUACCUCAACUUCACCAGCUGCAGGUUCAUCAACAACUGGGCUGCCCGGCAGGGAGGCGCCCUGGCCCUGUACGGCACGGGUUUGCCGGUGACCCUCACCAGCUGCGAGCUGUACGGCAACCGGGCUGGGCUGUACGGCGGGGCGGUGUGGGCGGACACGGGGUCGGACCUGGUGACGCAGGGGAGCGGCUUCUGGAACAACUCGGCGAAGCAGGGCGGUGCCCUCUCCGCCUCCACCUCCGCCAGCCUCACGCUGCAAUCCUCCAACUUCACUUCCAACACGGCGGAGAAGUUUGGGGGGGCCAUCAGUGCCACGCAGGGUGCCGAGCUGGAGGCCGCCUCCUGCCUCUUCACCGCCAACAGCGCCACCUUCGCCGCAGCGAUAGAGUGCUGGACCUGCACAGCAUUCAGCGUGAACAGCUGCACCUUCUCCCGCAACGCCGCCAGCGGUUCCGCGGGUGCGGUGGCGCUGUACGGCGUCACCACCGCCGCCACCCUCGCCUACAACACCUUCACCGGCAACACAGCAGCCACCAACAGCUCCGUCAACACCAAGGACUGUUUUCGCGACGGCACGGGUCAGGGCGGCGCGCUGUGUGCCGCCAUCCAGGCGUCGCUGCAGCUGCGGGGCAACAACUUCACGAGCAACCGCGCGACCAGUGGCGGAGCGAUGUACGUGUCCCGCAAGUGCGACGUGCUGGCGGACGAGGGCACAUGCGACACAGCCAGCGUGGCGCUGUACGAGGACAACUACCUGGUCGGGAAUACGGCAGUUGGGGGCGCGGGAGGUGCUGUAUACACCCUCAACGUCUCCGCCCUAACUGUGUAUUGCGCGGCCAGCAACACCAGCAGCAGCAACACCAGCAGUACUAUUAGUAGCACUGUUAACCGCACCGUUAACAGUAAUGGAGUGACGGUGUAUUAUUGGUCUGGUAAGGAGCUCGCCUUCUGGCCCUACCUUACCACGGGCUGUCCGGGUACCUGGAGCCGCAACAGUUACACGGACGGGGGCUACGGAGGCGGUCUGGCUACAGGCAUGAAUGGCGUGCGGAUCAAGGGGUUCAGCAACAGCGGCGGACAGCAGCUCGUUGUCGCCAACUUUAGCAGCAACUCCGUGAUUCCGUUGGCAUUUGAAUUGUACGAUUAUCUUGGAUCCACAAUGACAGCUGGGUCGUACGAGGUGGAUUCAACAACGGUGGCGGUUGACUUUACCGGCAGUGACGGUGCGAAGCUGGCGAACUACGUGGGCGGCAGUUACAGUAACACGACGGUUGGUGGGGAGGCUGCGUUUAACAGCCUCAAGCUGACUGCGCCGCCGGGCAACUACACGCUGCCUUUCUACGGCAUUCCGGCAGGCAGCACCUCCUCCGCCGACUACAAGCAGGUCACCAUCCUGGUGCAGGUCCGCACCUGCUGGCUGGGGGAGGUGUCGGAGGAGGAUGUGGACAUGUGCUCUUUCUGCAUAGGUCCCUCCGACUUCUCCUUUAACCCCCUCAACACCACAUGUGAUGCCUGUCCUGACUACGCCAUCUGCGAUUACGUGGCCUCCUCCACCACCGUGACCACGGUGUCGUACACGGGUAAUGAUAAUGUGACGUAUUCGUACACGUAUUCCGAUGAUAAUAACAGCACGGACGGUACUACCACCACCACCACCACCACCUCCAAUUCAAGUAGCAGCAGCAGCAAUACGACGGGGACACUGGCGGGAGGCGGUUAUUUGGUUCCGGAGGAUGGCUACUGGCACUCCUCGCCCUUUUCGGUACAGAUCCACAAGUGCCCCGUCACGGCCGCCUGCACCUACACCGACCGCUCAACCCUGCUGGGUGCCUUCCAGCUGGCCAACCUGAGUGCCGCGGACACCAACAUGCCCACCCCCCCCAACAGCGUGCUGCUGCACGUGGAGGACUACUGGUCGCUGCAGGUGUCAAGGAAACUGGCCGCGAGCGUGUGUGUUUAAAAAACUGGCCGCGAGUAGGAACGUACUGUGAUUGUCGGAAGAUGAAGUUCCCACAGAACCGCCGCAGGAGCCGAGGAGUGCGUGCGUGUGUGUGUGUUGAGUGCGUUGUUGUUGACCGCUACUGGUAGCAAGGUGUGUUGCAGAUCGGCAGGACACCCGCCGAUCUUGCUUGUGGUACCGUAGAGGGCAAAGAGAGGCGUGAAAGAGGUGUUCCCGUUUCGGUUAGGCCGUUACCCAACAAUACCCCCAUGCACACAUCCCCCCCUUCCGCUUCCUUCCUUCCCUCCCGCCUGCUGCAACCACAGUGCAAGACAGGCUACUCAGGCCCCCUGUGCGCCCAGUGCGCCCCCGGCUACGGCUGGCGCUCCUCCGGUGCCUGCUCCAGCUGCCCCUCCACCGGCCUCAACACCGCCUUCUACUGCCUCUCCUACCUGCUUACCAUCGCCCUCCUCAUCAUCACCAUUCGCUCCUCGCUUGGGAGGUCACUGGAUGCGGCGCGAGCGGCGGCGCGGGCGGAAAAGGCGGCGGCGGCAGCGGCGGGUGGUGGUGGUAGGAGCGGGAAGGAGGCAGGAGGGGAGAGGAGGCUGGCUGGAAGUAGCAGUAGCGGCAGGAAGGAGAGGGAUGGUGGUGCGGGAGGGGGAGGAGGAGAGGGAGGAGGUGGGAGUAGUAGGGGUAUCGG